AUGCCUACGCAACAAACUCUACACAAGGCAUUUAAAGAGCUCCAGACUAUUCUUUCACCUGAACAUGUCACUGUAGACGAACAAGUCCUUCGAGAACACGGGUAUUCCGACAACUCUUAUCACGACGAAGGUGCGCCCAACAUUGUCGUCUUUCCUUCCAAUACGGAACAAGUAGCUGAGAUUGUGAAAAUAGCAGACAAGUAUAGUCUACCCAUCAUCCCAUUCUCAGGCGGAACAUCACUCGAAGGCCACUUCACGGCACCUAGGGGCGGUAUCUGUAUCUCAUUUACAGAACAUAUGGACCGUAUCAUUGCUUUUCACCCAGAUGAUUUAGAUAUUGUCGUACAACCUGGAGUGCAAUGGGAAGACUUGAACCUGUUCUUGAAAGAACACAAUUUAUUUUUCCCGAUGGAUCCCGGGCCUGGCGCAUGUAUCGGCGGCAUGGUCGGUACGUCCUGCUCGGGAACAAACGCAGUACGUUAUGGCACGAUGAAGGAAUGGGUUAUUAAUUUAACCGUUGUUACGCCAGAUGGCAAAAUUGUCAAGACGCGUCAACGACCUAGAAAGUCAUCCGCAGGAUACGACCUGACGAAACUAUUCAUUGGCGCUGAAGGCACGCUAGGAGUUGUCACCGAGAUCACAUUAAAGCUUGCGGUCAUACCUCAAGUACAAGCAGUUGCUGUAUGUGAUUUUCCUAGCAUCAGAGACGCAGCAGCGGUUGUGCCUGAGAUCAUUCAAGCUGGUGUACAAGUGGGUGCAGUCGAGCUCUUGGAUACAGUGAUGAUGAAGGCCAUUAAUUUAUCUAGUCCCGAUCUGGGUUAUGCAGAGAAACCGACCUUGUUUUUUAAAUUCUCAGGAGCAUCCCAAAUGGUCAUCGAUCAGGAAAUUAAAAUAGUGUCGGACAUUGCCAAACGACAUCAAGGAGGUGAAUUUAAGUACGCAAAAGAUGAAAAGGAAAAGGAGACCUUGUGGGAAGGAAGAAAGAUUGCACUUUGGUCAUCCACGUUGCUCAAGCCAAAUGCAUCUGUUUGGACAACAGAUGUAGUCGUACCUGUUUCUCGAUUGCCUGAGUUGAUAAAAGAAACACAAAAGGAUAUCGAAACAAGCCCAUUGCCUUGCCCCUUAGUCGGACAUGUGGGUGACGGAAACUUUCAUGUGUUUAUCUUGUUUGAUCAAAGCAAACCAGAAGAACAUGCAGAGGCUGUUCGGUUGAAUAAGAAUCUUGUUGAAAGAGCCAUUCAGAUGGAAGGCUCUAUCACUGGAGAACAUGGAGUGGGUAUUGGCAAAAAGAAGUAUUUAGAAAAAGAAUUGGGUAAAGAGACGAUUGAUGUGAUGAAAAAGAUAAAAUAUGCAAUUGAUCCCAAGGGAAUCAUGAAUCCUGACAAGGUGCUACCUUAA